AGGCUUUUUCUUUCUCCUUCUUAGCAAUAGACCAGGCUUUUUCGUAUUGCUGGAUUGAUAGAAGCCUAAUAAAACGGUACUAGCAUCAAACCUUGUAUUCUGCAACUCUUUCCGACAAUGCGUAUAGUCAUCUGUGACACACCUGACAAGGUGGCGACGUACGCCUGCGAGUACGUGAUCAAGUCCAUCAACGACUUCAAGCCCACGGCGGACCGUCCCUUCGUGCUCGGCCUCCCCACCGGCGGCACGCCCUUAAAGACGUACCAGAAGCUCAUCAUCGCUUUCCGCGAGGGGCGUGUCUCCUUCAAGAAUGUGGUCACCUUCAACAUGGACGAGUACGUUGGUCUCCCGCAGGACCACCCCGAGAGCUACCACUACUUUAUGCGGCACAACUUCUUCGAUUACAUUGACAUUCCCGAGCAGAACCGCCACAUCCUGAACGGUAACGCACCCGAUCUGAUCGAGGAGUGCCGCCAGUACGAGGAGAAGAUCAAGGCCGUCGGCGGUAUUCAUCUCUUCCUCGCGGGCAUUGGCACAGACGGCCAUAUCGCCUUCAACGAGCCCGGCAGCAGCCUCUACAGCCGGACUCGUGUGAAGAGCCUCAACAAGGAGACGAUCGAGAGCAACGCGCGCUUCUUCGAUAACGACCCGUCGCGUGUGCCGACGAUGGCGUUGACGGUGGGCCUGCGAACCAUCAUGGAGGCACAGGUGGUGAUGAUGAUUGCGACGGGUGCCAGCAAGGCGCUGGCGGUGUCGAAGUGUGUGGAGGGCAGCAUCACGCAUAUGUGCACCGCCACCAUGCUUCAGAUGCACCCCAGCGCUGUGCUCUGCCUCGAUGAUGAUGCCACGUUGGAAUUGAAGGUGCGCACGGCACGCUACUUCAAGAACCUGCUGUUGUCGGAGAAGAAUCUGGAGGAGCGGCAGGCCAACGUGAAGCGUUUGAGCGCUAAGCUGUAG